UUGUAUCGUGUCCACCACCAUCGGUCUCUACCUUCCACUGCCAAGGCCUCAUCUCCAACCCCUCUCUCUCCCUCGUCUCUCCCAUGAGAACCUGAGAGCUCGCAUCACUCUCUUCUCCCAUGGCGAAUACCCUUUUUUCAUCCCCUCCAUUCAUCGUCAAGCCCCUCCCGUCCCUCUCUCGCCAUGGCCUCCACGUCCUCCCUCACCGUAGUAGGCUCCCCUCCACCACCAGAGUCAAGCUCAGCUUCCAUGACAUCCCUCCCAUCGACUCCUUCCCCUCUACGUUUGAUUUAUCCGCUGUAAUUACCAAGGCUGAAGGCCUGCUCUACACCCUCGCUGACGCCGUUGUCGUAGCAGACCCAGCCGCCUCCAGCUCAGCCGACGCCGCCGUACAGAAAAAUAACGGUUGGUUCGGUUUCAUCUCUGACGCCAUGGAAGUCGUUCUGAAGGUAUUGAAAGAUGGUCUUAGCGCUGUGCAUGUGCCGUAUGCGUAUGGAUUUGCCAUUAUAUUGCUUACGGUUAUUGUUAAACUUGCAACAUUUCCUCUGACAAAGAAACAGGUUGAAUCAACGCUAGCUAUGCAAAAUCUUCAGCCAAAGAUUAAAGCCAUUCAACAGAGAUAUGCUGGUAACCAGGAAAGAAUACAACUUGAGACAUCGAGGCUAUAUAAGCAAGCAGGGGUUAAUCCUUUGGCAGGUUGUUUCCCCACUUUGGCUACUAUACCAGUCUGGAUAGGGCUAUAUCAAGCCCUUUCAAAUGUGGCUAAUGAGGGACUGUUGACAGAAGGUUUCUUUUGGAUUCCCUCUUUGGCUGGCCCAACUACAAUUGCUGCUCGACAAAGUGGAUCUGGCGUUUCUUGGCUUUUUCCAUUUGUGGAUGGCCAUCCACCUUUGGGCUGGUAUGACACUGCAGCCUACCUUGUCUUACCUGUCCUCCUUGUUGCUUCUCAGUAUUUUUCAAUGGAACUAAUGAAACCUCCCCAGAGUGAUGAUCCGGCUCAAAAGAACGCACUUCUUGUUUUCAAGUUUCUUCCACUCAUGAUUGGUUACUUCUCCUUGUCUGUCCCAUCGGGAUUAUCGAUUUACUGGUUCACAAACAAUGUGCUCAGCACUGCCCAACAAGUAUGGUUACGCAAAUUAGGUGGUGCAAAACCUGUUGUAACUGAGAAUGCUAGUGGAAUUAUUACAGCUGGACGUGCAAAACGAUCAGCUUCUCAGCCGGUACAGCGUGGCGAGAGGUUUAGGCAGUUAAAGGAUGAAGAGGAGAACAAAAAGUUGAACAAGGCCCUACCUACGGAAGAUGUUCAGAAUAUGGCUUCCACAUCUGAUUCUGAGGAUGAUCCAGAUGAAGAGACUAAGGACAAGGGUGAGGAGGCUCUAGAAGAAGCAUACGCUUCUACCAGUGGCAAAGAGGUACCAAAUUACCCGCGACCCAGGAGAAGCAAGCGAUCAAAGCGGAAGCGUGCUGUAUAAAAUGACUAUACUGUAGGUCUGUAGUUUAUGUUGAGUUCUCGGCAAAUUGUAACUUGGUUAACAUAUUGUGGCCAGUUUUGUGUUGGUUCAUUCAUCUGAAAAAUAUAACUCAAUCUCCACAUUCAUUGUUAUUUUAAGCAAGUCUGGCCACGGUUGUUACCCUGUUUUGAGUAAUUAGUUUCCUUGUGAAAAUGGGAAGCCCCAAAAGCCUUACUGUAAAAUGAAGAGACAGCAUUUCAGGCUCUGUACGGCAUGAAAGAAAAUUCUCAUUCUUGGAAGACCCCGUGAAGAAACAUUUGUAGCUGAUGCUCAUGGUGGUUUAUUAUGUUGUAGAACUUAAUUAGAAUAAUCUUUACCAAUAAAUGAAAGAAAAAACUUAUGGUGAUUCUAUGGAAAA